CUCAAGGUCACAUCUCUCCGGACCCGCGCUACCUUUUCUGUCCUUCUCGACCUCCCAUCCUCCGUAUUUCGUUCCCCAUCGUCCGCUCCCCUGUCACUCCUGGCCACUAUCUCCUUCACACCUCAACAUCAUCCUUCCGCCGUGUAACCAGCUUACGCAGUUUCCUCUACGUUGGUCCCAUGUCCGCUGAGGUGGGCGGCCGUGGAGGCGCCCCAACACGAGGUGGUGCAGGAAGGGGGCGAGGCGGCCCUCCACCAUUAGGUAGUGGGACUGACCGCCCCGAGAGCUUGGCACGAGGAGGCGGUCGCGGAGGUGGACGCGGAGGUGGACGCGGAGGAACCAGCCCCUCAAGCGGGCGAGGUGGCACGGGGCGAGGCGGGGGAGGCGGCCGCGGGAGUGGCAGCGGGCGCGGAGGGUAUCGCGGAGCACCAAGGCCUCGGAAGCGGUUCGUGGACGAUGGUCUGCCACCCACGGUCGGUUCAAUCGAUAAGGGUCCGCGCAAGAUGUCGCGCGAGCAGCGACAGAACUCUGAGUACAUACAGAACACGACUUGGUCUAAGCCACCGCCGCCGCCGUCAAGCGGCAACGCUCAGCCACUGGGACCUCGCAAGGGCAAGUGGUCUAUGGCGCCGUCUCAAACCGGCUUUGAGAAUGCUCAGGCGUCGUCCUCACGAGACACGCUCCAUGCCCCCGGACCUUCGCGACCGCAUGCGUCCCUCCCACAGCGGCCUACAGGCCCUAAUGUUUAUCCUCGUGAGGCAUCGCCCGCCGCCUCUCAAGCAGGCGCGCAUAUGGCUAGCCAGGAUGCCCCUCACGCUGGCACUGGCACUCGCAAUCCCGCCCCACCCGUCGCCUCCUCGUCUAACACCCGUGCUACCGCAGAUACGAGGGAUCGACCCGUCUCUGCAUCCGGGAGCGCAGUCCCAUUACGCAGUGUAGCGGAACGGGAGAGGUCGACUGGCCCUAAGCACGCGCUCGGGAAAGUAGACGCUAUCCCCGUGACAGUAGCACGAAAUACUGCACCCGCGACAGCGAAGCAGCUCGCAGAACCACUUAUUUCCACUGAGCCACCAGCUGAACCCCCGAAGCCACGGUUCAAUCCUCGCAACUACAACGCGAGGCCUAAUCAGCCGAAGCGACCCACGCCGCCGCCGCCGCCGCCUCCAAGCCCUCCUCCACCCGCAAAGCCACAGUUGCCACGCUCACCACCUGCGGCUUCGCGGCCAUCUGCAGCGCCGGCGCCAUCGCUCCCUUCUGUCCCGGCUCCUCGUCAGCCCGUCGCGCCUGCAGCUCCCCAGACCGUUCAGGCCCCUACACGCUCUGCACCCUCGUGGUCUGUGCGGCCGCCAUCACCAGUCCCGGUAGCGAUGCCCGUACCAGAGGAGAAGCCUAUGGAGGACGAGAUUGAUUCGGAGGAGGACAUCAAGAUGGAGCGUGAGGUCCUCCCCCGAGUCAGUUCUCCUCCGCCUGCUCCCGUCGCCCCCGCCGCUCCCGCUCCACCAGCCAUGUCCGGCGUUGCCGCUUUCUUUAUCAAAGACACUCCGAAGGAAUGCUGGCGAUACCCGCUGGAAUCGAAAGUCGCCGCUCGCAAAGCCUUCCAAAUCACAGCGAGGAAACAGCUGCAGCGAGAAGGCAAGAGGGCGACGCGGUACCGGUGGCGGGACGACGGGCUGGCGAUCGACUGGGUGCGCGUUGCGCCUGUCGCGCGGCGCGCAUCGUACGACGACGAGGAGAUUCAGGUGCUCGAGAACCCGCCGCCCGCUCCAAUACCAACUUUCGUGCUCGAGGACUCUCCUGAGCCCGAGCCGCGGCCGCCGCCGUCGUCGAGUUCCACCGGCGAGGGCAAACGCUGGUCGCCGUACUCACCGCCUGUGGCCAAGCGCUUGAGGGUGUACGAGCCGCCCGAGUGGCAGUCCACUGCCGGCGGCUGGCUCGACGGGGGCGACCAUGGCAAGCUCGUAUCCUCUUCCCCUGCAGCCUCCAACUCGGCGCUGCCGGAGGCACGCUACGUGACCGCGGAUCCGUAUGCGCACCAUGCGGGCAGUGCUCCACCUGGGGCGCGACAGCCAGACUUGGCGCGGCAGCCCGGGAGCUCGGUGCCGCCUGAUCGGCAACCGGGAAGUUCGGUGCCGCCUGAUCGGCAGCCUGGAAGCUCGGUGCCGCCUGAUAGGCAUCCCGGAGGAUCAGUCCCGCCCGAUCGCCGGCAGCCAGGGAGUUCAGUGCCUCCCGAGGCGACACGGGCAAGGAGCUCUGUGCCGCCGGACGCUCUGCUCGAGAUCCGUGCGCAGAUGCAAGCAUUGGAGGAGGAGAUGGGCGCGCGCAUGAGGGCGUUGCAGGAGCAGAUGUUGGCGGCGAUGCAGCAGGAUCCAGAGUAACCCGCAGGGUUGGAGUAAGGUUGUACACCAAUGCAUAUGUAAGCAUGCUACAAGAUCUUGCCUGGUACUCGUUUGCAAGUAUGGCU